AUGGAGCUCGAUCCUCGUCUGGGCGCGACUGGCGAUAGAGCCUCAUCACUAACAAACUUUAGGCCAGACGGCACGUCAGGACCGUCGCCGAAUCAUCAUGUCUCAUCUGGUGGUGGUUCACUGAUGCCCUUCUCUCAUACCCACGACGCACAUGAUGACCAUAAUAGUGCCGAUAACACCCCCAGCGCAUCAGUUGAAAAUCGAGAAUCACCCCAGCAUCAACAUUCACAGCUCCACGACGAACAUGAUGGAGAUGCAAAUGAUCCUAAGCGACCGCGGGCGUGUGAAGCGUGUCGCGGUUUGAAAGUGCGCUGCGAACCUGAUCCUAACGAUGAGGGACCAUGCAAGAGAUGCCGGAAGGCCGGAAGGAGCUGUGUCGUGACAAUGCCGACGCGCAAACGCCAAAAGAAGACGGACAGCAGAGUCGCCGAACUAGAAAAGAAGAUAGACGCCUUGACAGCGAGUCUACAGGCUAGAGCAGCACCUGUAGGUGGCCAGACUUAUGCGCAAGGCCCAGGUCUAGCUCACAGUGUUGCGGACUCAUCAAGAAAUGUCACACCCAAACCACCCAAUGAUUCCAGCACACCUACAGCUUCAUACAACAAUAUUUGGAGACCACCCGCAUGGGGAUCAUUUGCGUCGGCUCAACCUAUCAUGCAGCAGACAUCUGCAGAGCAUAACUCAGAACGCGCAUCUCCAGCUCGGCCGAGUGCGGCUAUGGCUCCUACGCCAGCAACUGGACAGAAGAGGAAAUUCUCCGAUGGUCGCGAAGCUUCAAUUGAGCAGCCUCGUGUUGAUGAGACUCCAGCUGAGGCCCUGGCGGCAUAUCUAACAAGAGCACAGGGUGGUGAUAUCGUCGAGCGUGGCAUCAUCACCAUGGAUAAAGCCACUGAACUAUUUGCUCGUUAUAACGAUCAUAUGAUCUCUCAUCUCCCUGCUGUCGUCUUCCAGCCUGGCUUUACAGCAUCUGAACUUCGAAAGACAAAGCCAAUACUUUUCCUAGCUGUCAUGGCAGUUGCGUCCGCAGAGUCGCCCGUCCUCCAGAGGACUCUCCAAAAAGAAAUGAUGCUUACCUUUGCAGAGAAGGUGAUACUUUCUGGUGAGAAGAGUCUUGAGCUGGUACAGGCGAUCAAUGUUGGCGUGAUUUGGUAUUGGCCUCCGGAACACUUUGAAGAGCUCAAGUUCUAUCAGCUCGUGCACAUGUCAGCCGUCAUGGCCAUUGAUAUUGGACUCGGUCAGAAAUUCAAGCAGCGCCGUGGACUGGUCAUGCCAGAUGCUUGGCGCCCUACACCAGGCACCUCGAUCGCUGGGCCUAUGCCUCAAAGCCGCCGCUGGACACCUCCAGACUCGUUGAGUCUGGAGAGUCGACGCACAUGGCUGACGUGCUAUUUUCUGGCAGCUAAUACCUCUAUGGCCUUGCACCGACCCAAUCUCAUACGUUGGACCCCUUUCAUGGACGAGAGUCUUCAGCUCCUGCAAUCGUCACCAGAUGCUGCACCCACUGAUGCUUAUUUCUGUCAUCUUGUUUGGACACAUCAUCUGUCUGAAGAAGUUGGCGUGCAAUUUUCGCUCGAUGACCCAACCACAGAUAUCAGCAUGAACGAUCCAAGGACGCAAUAUAUUCUCAGAGGUCUCGAGCAGGAGUUGAAACGAUAUAAAGAAAAGGUCCCCCCGGACUUGUUGCAGCCAACUCUCCUGAUAAGCUUUGGCGUACUUAACUUAUACAUGCAUGAAGUGGCUCUGCAAUCCCGAGCCGAGAGUUUACGGCCACCGUUCUCAACAGCCAAUCUGCAAAACGGGCUCGUCGGUGGGGACAAGCUAUCUGCUGCGUACAUCAGUUCAGUGUCAACAUGCCUGGCCUCUAUAAAGGACAUGCUAAAUACCUUUCUGGCCAUGGAUGUCUUUAGCGUACGAUGUCUGCCUGUAUUCAACUUUGUCCGUGUUGCAUACGCUGUUGUUAUGCUCAUCAAGCUCUAUUUUACGGCAUCGGCGUCAGGCUCAGAUCUUGGCCGAGUGAUUGACAAAGACGACAUGCAAGUCGGCAAGUAUCUCGACGGCCUUCUCGAUAAGUUUCGCGCAACUGCGGCAGAUGACCGCUGCCGGCCUGCUGCUAAGUUUCUCGUCGUCCUCGUCAUGCUUCGCAGUUGGUUCUACAAACAAGCAAAGUCCGAAGCCAAGGACUCUCAGCCAGCUCCGCCAUCAUCUUCAGUCAGACAGUCUCCUUCCCAGCAGCAGCAGUCAACACCUGCCAACAACUCAUCAACACAACCUUCCGAACGCACCUCUACGGCGAACACCCCUCUCCAACUUCUCUCCGAAGUCGCCACCGGCGCUGGCUCUCGUAAUCGUAACUCCUCAGCCAACCGGCCGUCAAUAGCAGGAUGGGGCUCGAAUAUCCCACAGCCUCCACAGCCCUUCUUCCAUGAUACCCCUGACAACGCAUCAAGCUCUGGCGCUCCCAUGCCAUACUAUAACGAGCCAUUUUCAGCAGAUCUGGCCGCGGCUAUGGCGCCUGUGAUGCCGUCACUUCCUUCUGCAGCUGACGGCACGGGCAGCAACAACAAUGGGGACAUGUUUGACUUCCCAAACCUCAUUCCAGGUUGGGACUUGGAAGGUAUGGGUAUGGGAGUUGGGUCGCAGGGGAUGUGGGAAGAUGGAAUGCGCAUCUUCCUGGAGGAGCCUUGGUUUAACACCAUGUUUCAAGGUAAUCCUGCUGCUGCUAACAACAACAUGAGCUUUUAG